AUGCUGUUCAGCUAUCUCCUACUACUAGUACUAGAGACUGACGCCGUUUCGAUGUUUCCUCUACCAGCGUAUGGCGGACUUUACGCGAACAACAAUUGUGUACAUUUCACGUAUCGAGUUGGCAAGAUUUGUUACAACAAGCUAAGGUGCGUGCAUUACUACAAGGGUAGCUAUGGGGCGAGGGUUGUUGUUUACAAGUAUCCCGGGUUACCGCGGGCCGCUUCUGGCAACACACUGUCAACCGCCAUCAACCCGAGCAGGGGCUUCAGUGGAAUCGGCAUCGAUCCUCGCCGCUGGGUCAUCAACACUUCCUUCUCUGCGAGCGACGCUCUGCCAGGACACGGGUUACAGGUGAGUCAUUCCAUACCGGUAUCCCACGGCUACAUUGCACAAGAGCUUUCUACAAUAGCUCAGAAUACAGAGGAGAAAAAGUAA